AUGAAUGGGAAUGGUUAUUCACAUCAUCCAACAUCGAUCGGUAUUCUUGCCUGUGAACUGUACAUACCAUCACUUUAUGUCGAACAAUCAGCUUUAGAAACUUAUGAUAAAGUUUCUAAAGGUAAAUACACCAUUGGUUUGGGUCAACAACGCAUAGCCAUUUGUUCGGACCAUGAGGAUAUCUGCUCGUUGUGUUUAACUGUUCUGUCACGUUUGUUGGAACAAACGGGUGUCCAUCCUCAACAAAUCGGCCGAUUAGAUGUCGGAACUGAAACUUUAGUUGAUAAAGCAAAGUCGAUCAAAACAGUUUUAAUGCAACUCUUUACGGAACAUGGGAAUACGGCGGUGGAAGGUGUGGAUAGUAUCAACGCAUGUUAUGGAGGAACAGCGGCGAUAUUCAAUGCUAUUCAUUGGAUCGAAUCGAGCUACUGGGACGGUCGAUACGCUGUGGUCGUUAUGGGUGAUAUUGCUGUCUAUGCGAAAGGAAAUGCACGGCCAACAGGUGGUGCUGGUGCUUGUGCAUUACUCAUCGGCCCUAACGCGCCCAUUGUUUUCGAGCCAGGUUGUCGGUCAACAUAUAUGACAAAUGUUUAUGACUUUUACAAACCUGAUUUAAGUUCGCCAUAUCCCGUUGUUGAUGGUCAGUUAAGUGUACAAUGUUACACAUCAGCAUUGGAUACCUGUUACGCACAAUAUUGUCUCAAAGCAGAAAUGAAUGGUGAAUCUCGUUCGAAAACAUCCUCAGCAGCUGCGGAUAAUAUCAAUCUAUCCACAUUUGCUGGCAUUGUUUUCCAUACACCUUACGUUAAACUCACACAGAAAUCAUUCUCAAGAUUGUAUUUCAAUGAUAUUCUACGUGCUUGUUCGUACAUACCAAAUGCUCUGGUUGAAAAGUAUAAGGACUUUGAUAUCCAUUCUUCGGCUAAUGACAAAGACCUCGAGCGUGACCUUAUUGAGCAAAGUCGUGAGCUGUUCGGACAGAAAACCUUGCCAGGGCUCUAUUUUUCUCAAAAUAUGGGAAAUAUGUAUACGCCUUCGCUCUACUACAGUUUAUUUUCCUUUCUCAGCAGUCAACCUAGCGAGGAGCAAUUCUACGGUCAACGUAUUCUCCUGUUUUCAUAUGGUUCUGGCCUAGCAUCAUCGAUGUACAGUAUCAUUUGUCGUAAAGUGCAUGAUACUCGUUUCACGCUUGGAGAAAUUCAAAAGAGCAUUAAACGCGCCCGACAAGAGCUUGAUAACGAACGAAUCGAAUUAGCUCCUGAGCUAAUGGAUAAACUAUUAUUAGAACGAGAAAAACACGAUCAUCAAGCGUCAUUCAUACCUUCACAACCUAGUGAAGUCUUAAAACCUGGAAAUAUGUAUUUGAAAUCAGUCGAUAAGAACUACAGACGUGUGUAUGAAAAAUUUCAUGGUGACGAAAACUCGAGUACGAAUAAAAAAGCGACGGUCCAGCAACUUUAUAGUGAAUACUUCCAAACACGGCAGAUCAAUGGUGAUACACAUGGCUAA